AUGGUUGUUCUUGUAACGGGGGCUGCAGGAUUCAUCGGGUCGCACCUCGCGCUGGCUCUUAAAAAGGAGGGUCACGGGGUGGUGGGUCUGGACAAUUUUAACGACUACUAUGAUACUACGCUGAAGGAGGCGCGCGCGGCGCGGCUCUGGUCUGCGGGCAUUGAGAUUAUUCGCGGUGACUUAAACAACGGCACGCUUCUCGACGCGCUGUUCGCUACUGUCACAUUCACCCACGUGGCACAUAUGGCGGCACAAGCGGGGGUUCGGUACGCGUUGGAGAAUCCGAAAUCAUACGUGGACAGCAACGUCGCAGGGUUCGUGAAUCUGCUCGAGAGGUGUCGCAGGGUUCCUGAGCGACAGCCUGCGAUCGUCUGGGCUUCGUCCAGCAGCGUGUACGGGGUGAAUCGCGAGAGCUUCCAUCUCCCCUCAUCCUUCAAUGUCCACAUCGCUCCCCUCCCCCCGCCCCGCUGCUCCCCCCACCUCUCAACCCCGUCUCCCCAUCCCCCACUCUUCCUACCACCUCGUUGUCUGUUCCACCCAUAG